AUGAUUCCCGGAAACAAUAUCAACCAGGAACACGAACCAUCCGACUCUACUCCGCUGUCACCACAAUCCCCCAUACAGGACCAUCUUCCACUUGGCCAACAUGAAGCGCACCAGGACUGCAUCAUACCGCAAAAAGUCAUCCCUCGGAGAAUUCUUCAAAGCAACACGCGACUGUCCCAGUACAGCCCAUGGCAACGGUGGGGGUCCUCCUGGUUCUGGGAGCUAGCAGCAAUGACACUCAGCUGUCUCUCCCUGGUGUUAACACUGGGCAUCCUCUACUUCUUUGACGGCAAACCUUUGGAAUCGUGGCCCCUCUACCUUUCACUGAGCACAAUCAUAUCGACCCUGGCACAGAUUUCUCGCACCUCCCUUGCCUUUGCCAUUACGCCCUGUCUUGGGCAGGCAAAGUGGAAUUGGUUUUCCCAAAGAGAAGAUGAUGUUCUGGUCUUCAGAACCUUUGAUGAGGCGAGUCGAGGGCCUCUGGGAAGUUUACAGUUGCUCUGGAAGCUCAAGUACCGACAUCUCGCCUGUCUCGGCGCUCUAGUAACGGUUGUCAUGUUCGGAUACGACCCCUUCGUCCAAGCCAUAGUCGACACCUCUGGGGAUGACUUUUUACUCACAGGAAGCUCAAGAGCCAAGAUCCGGGCAUCAAACAGGAUCUGCGUAGGCGAAGAGCAGACAACAGGAACCCAGAUUACUUUGACAAACAAAAAUGGCUCGAUGGGACCCGGCACGGUGGUCUUGCAAGAAAGUGCACUGACAGCGGACUUUGGCUUAACGCUUGCCGUCUAUGAUGGAUUCGUUAACAAGUCCUCGGCCUUGACAGACCCUUACCAGUCAUCCUUCUCUUGCGAGACCGGUAACUGCACCUUCCAGAUUUUCGACUCAUUGGCAGUUUGCAGCCGUUGCGUCAAUGUGUCAGAUCAUAUUCGAAGGCAGCAAGUGCCCAAGGAAGGGACCACAUAUACACGAUACGCACUACCAUACGACUUGGAAAUUCUCAACUGGGACGGCGCAAAGCAGCCGGAAAAUGCAUACCCAAUUCUAUAUGGAGAUACGGAUCAACCAUCGGCCGUUGCGAGCUCAUCACCAAACCAAACCGUAGUCAAAGUCAUAGCCAACCGGUCCGAGUCGAUAUCCUUUGACUACUUCACUUCCACCUUUGUUGUUUUCAGAAUCAUUCAGUCUACCCCGGAAUUUGUCAACAACCUCUCGCCUUGGAAUACGACGUUCCCACUCGCCAUGGAGUGCGGAUUAUCCUUCUGCGUCAACAGAUACGAGUCGAUGGUCAGUAAGGGCAUACUCCAUGAAUCCAUUCUUGACUCGUGGGCCGAGUGGUCACACCCGUCGUUGUUACCUCAAGACGACACUUUGGGAGGCAACAUUACGGCAAAAAAACAAAGAGAAAACUGGAUGCAUCCUUUCAGCUACACACUAGGCAGUCCAGUCGGCCGAAAGCCAAAUGGAAUGCUGUGGGAUUUUCCGCGAUCUGAUUUACUCCUGGCUUCACGUGCUACUGCGGUCUCCAACCACCUCUCCUACUUCAACAUUACCCAAGUAACCAUAGCCUCCACGAUCGACUGGUUCACCCACGUCCUUGCCCCCGAGCCACUCAUGUAUCCAGUCACAGCCGAUACCGGUAACGGCAACCCCGUAGCCGGAGCCAUCGCCAAAUCCACUAACCUCAGCACCACUUUCGACAACGUCGCCUGGAGCAUGACAGCCUGGAUCCGCGAGAACGAAGGGGUAUGGGUAACGGAGAGCUCUACGACAAAAUGGGUGUUCCGUUUCCGCAUCCGCUGGCCGUUCGUCACCGUUCCCGUUGCAGUCAUGGUGGCGAGCGCGCUCUAUCUUGGGCUUACCAUAUGGCAAACGCGGAGGAAUUGUGUGGAACCAUGGAAAGAGGACGCUUUGGCGGCAAUAGCACAUGGACUUGACCAGGAGAGCAGAGCGAAGAUUUGUCAGGCGGAAAGGGUGGGGCUGAGGAAUGAAGCGGCGAUGGGGAUGAAGGUUAGGCUAAGGCAGGGGAUGUAUGGGGAGGUUGAGUUGAGGGAUGUGCGUAAGGAGGGAUGA